CUUUUCCCCCAGAUAAUAAAUUCCUACCCACAGUCCUAUCAGUUACUCUGCAAUGUCAGCAGCCCAUCGCUGUCCGAGGAAGAAGACUUUCGUGAAAUACCCAGUCUAGAGGUGUCAGAUAGUGACACUGAUGAUUCUCAAGCAUGCUAUGAACACGUUGAAAAUGUUGAUUGUGUUCGUAAGAAGGUUCGAUUAUACAAAUUUCUUCUGGAACUCCUGCAGAAUGGAGACAUGAGAGAUUGCAUCUGGUGGUUGGACCGUGAGAGGGGGACCUUCCAAUUUUCAUCCAAGCACAAAGAAGUGCUUGCUCAUCGAUGGGGUCAACAAAAAGGAAACCGCAAAAAAAUGACUUAUCAGAAAAUGGCCCGUGCUCUGAGGAACUAUGGCAAGACUGGAGAGAUCAGGAAAGUCAAGAAGAAGUUGACAUAUCAGUUUGACAGUGUGUUGCUCGGUGAGAGGAAGACAGAGGCCACCAUGCAUCCACACUUGUAA